AUGUUUGUGUACAUCAAAGAUUAUUGUAACAGAAUCCAAUGCUUCCCCGAUGUGACGCUGCGAGAUGGCUGUGUACCGGAAUUCGGUGUCAGAAAGCUCGAGAAAGAAAUAACGAAAGACUUAGAAGGAAUUGAGAUGUUGGUGGAGCCUGCUAUCUGGUUUAAGGUUCUUAUCUUGGAUUCUGUCAGCAUUGACUGUGCCAAAAGAAAAGUAUUAUGGACAACAUGUUCACAGUGUCGUCUAACAGGACAGGACAGAGGAUGGGGUUUUGUCUAUUGUGCUCAUGUCAAAGAACUUUACCACACAUCUGGGGAAUGUUACGACUAUGACGCUGACUUAGAUGAUAUCUUUGAUUUGGCUACGUGUUUGUUGAAUGAUAUGCCAGAUAUGAUGUCGUUAUUACGAUUAUUGCAUUGCUAUAUACUACCAAUGAUAACUCUCAAUGUAGAAGAUUUGAAUGUAAGCAAAGAAGCCCUUCAGCAACAGAUACACUCAAUUCAUCAACUGGAUCAUGAGCUCAACAAGAAAACUGGCGAGAUGACGAAAAUCAAAGAAUUUCUGCUCCAAAAAGCAAGGGAAUUAGCAGCUUUUCUGCAAGGGAGGGAUGAAAUAGUACAUAAAAGCAAUCGAGAGUUUUUAAAAGCAUUAUUGAGUUUUUUACCAACAAUUGAAGAAGAAAAACGGAGUGAGUUGAAUAGUUGCCAAGAAAGAGUACAGAAUGCUAAGCUGGAAGUAUCCAACUGUAGUGAGGAGGCCACAGUGCAAUUAGAUUGUGCUCGGCACGAUAGAGACAUGACUCAUCAUCAUUUGGAAGAAAUUCUGUCAUUACGGGAAAACAUUAAUAAUUUGAUACUGUUUGAUAUUGACGAGUGGUAUGAGCUCAAGAGUUCCGAAGAAGAAUUCGUCCAUAAUACUGACAGGAUAGAAGAGUUAAAAACUGAGGCUAUGCACAUUAUGGACAAAAAGAAACGAGCCAUUAGUGUUAGGGAGGCGCUAAACCAUGCCAUCCAGGAUUUGAAGCUUGGCAAGGAGACAACUGGGGUUGAUAUAAGCCUACUGAGUGGAGAAAGUGCUACCGAUGUUCUCAAAAGGGGCAGUUGGCCGACUAUGUGGCAGUCCCUGUCUGAGAGGAUAACAAUGUUAGUGAACUCAAAGAGCCACCCUAUUGGAAGGAUGCACCAUGAUUUCUGUAAUCAUGUUAAUAAAUACUGUAGAAAUGCAAUGGAAGAAGAUCUCAUCUCAAAUAAUUCCUCACUAGAUAUCUCCACAGUAUUACAGUUACAGCAGUCUAACAACUGGAGCACAUCAUCAAACCAUACAGAGAAUGUAAAUGGAAGGAAAACGACCCUGACAGAUGACGAUUUUGUAGAAUUAGACUUUCCUCUCAUGAACCCAUAUAAGGACAAAGUGAACCAAAUCACGGCAGAAAUCAAGAAACACUUUACUAAGGUAGAUAUAACAGUGGAUGUGAGUUCAUCCUGUUAUAGGACUAUUACAGCAGGCUGA